AUGAAGAGCAAGCUUUCCUCAUCCCCAGCCCCAGAGGGGCUGAGGAACAAAGAUCAAGAAACCACCUCGGAAUUGAUAUCAGAGAUCCGACGUGGUGUCCACACAGUCUGGGGAGGGAUCGGCGCAAGCGAGGAGCGAAAGCUGAGAAACGUCCUUCAGAAAUUAGUCGAUGAUAUUGACGGGCUGGAGAAGACCUUGUCCAGGACCGUGAAACAACCCAGAGAGCACGACAUCUCCACCAUCGACAAUAAGCGCCACAAGAUGAAUCGCUUCUCAGAAGAACCCCAUAUUCACAACAUGAACUCCGUUUCAACACGUCAUAUCGCGGCAGACGCCCAUUGCAAGAUUGAGAAGACCGAGGAUGACGUUGACUUGAUCAGCACCACCUCCUUCAACCCCGUCGUUGAUCUCACCUCGGGUACUACAUCAGACGAAGAGAGCCAUCAGGCUUCCACGCCCUCCUGGGUUGAUGCUCUUUUGGCUUCCGCAGCGACAGUAAAUGAGCAGUGCGGUCAUGAAAACGACACAUACGCCACCCGGAGACGGCUAAUUGAGAAAGAAGAUGACGAUAGCAGUGAAGAGGAGACAUGUGAUGCUACGGUCAAGUCGCAGGGCGCUCAUCAAGACGAAAGCCUCAACGCCAUCGAAGUGUGGUUUCGAGACAAGGUUCACCGCGGGCACGAACUGCUGGGCCUACUAGCCUUGGUUGACUUUCACGAGUCCAACCCCGACAAAUGCAAGGUUGGCCGUGAAAUCUGCCGUAAUCUUCGAAGAAAAGUCGAAGUGGCUGAGCAGUCAAUGGGGUGCGAUUGGGAGAAGACCGUUGGCACGCUGGCUCGAGCCGUCUCUGCGCACCUGGCAGAUGCUGGCGAGAAUUUGGAGGAUGUCCUGGAGAGGUUUCAAGACCAUGCGAAGGAGAUCGAACCCAAGCCUGACUUCGACGACCUGAUGCUCGACAACGCGGAGUACAUCGACCGAUCCAGACCCUCGGGGAAGCACAACAUCUACAGCACUGGCGUUGAACGCCUUCCUAGCCCCACGCCUGACACGUCAGAGCUCUUUCUGCCAGACCGCCCAAAGACACUUCGCAGCUCCAGCUGCCGUCCUCAUCUCUCCCCUCCGAUCGCGGCAAGAACACCCAACAAAGCCGAGCACAGCCAAGACCUCCUCGACCUCAUCAACGCAUCGACCGUGUCCCGGGGCCAGGAAGCCAUCUACACGCCAGGCAGUAGCUCUCAGCAAGAUAACAUGUGUACUUCACGCAUGUUCUCAGAGCCCAAAAAGGUGCAUUGGGAUAUCGAAAAGAAGACUGACGCCGACAGUGGAAAGGACUUGUCCGGAGACAGAAGCGAAGGGAGUGACGAAGACGACAGUGACGAGGAGUCUGACCAAGAGUCGGAGAGCGAUGGCGACGAGUACAGCGACGAGGACGACAACGGAGAGGACACAGAAGAUGAUCAUGGAUGCACUAACGUCCGCGUCAACCAAAGGCAGAUCCAUUUUCUGAAAGACAUCCUAGAGGACCACGGUCAACAGGAGGAACCCGACUCGUAUUGCUCCGGAGAGCACGAAGAUCUGGAACACGGGCUCGACAUGUGUGAGGCUUUCGCAGACGAAAUGACGGGGGAGAUGAUGAUUGCCGGAGUCGCCUACGAAGUUGCUAAACACUUUUACGAUUACGGUUUCAGUCCGAGGAAGACUCUCAAAAGCUACAUCACGUCCGGAAAGAACUGUGAGUGGGAUCCCUGGGGUAAGGAGGAGUUGGUUGCUGCUGGAAAGUUGAAGCCUUGGUUUAGAGAGAGAGCCUGGUACUCGGACAAACACUGA